GUUGGAAUCGGACCCUAUAUAUCGCUCACUUGUAUUUAUUUUUGCUUAUCAACCAGGAGGAUAUUAGGGGUCCGCGUAUGGGCAAUAGUAAAGCUUCCAAUUCAGACCACUCAUGCCAUGGUGGUGGUUUCUUGCCUCUAGGCAUAGAUAUAGCGAACAACUUAUUACCCGAGUCUUCUACUGGCUCAAGUAGUUCUAUAAGUCAGAAUUCUUCUGGGAAUGGCAAGGAAGAAAAUGGCGGAGGAGGUGAUAUCAUAAGAAAACAUCAAAGUUUUAGACAUUUUGACACUGUUGAUAAUUUUCUAGACCACCACUACAUAGAUAUGGACUUCCAGGGUCAACAGCUGCCUAAGGCCUGGUCAAAGAAUGUUCAGCAUGAGUGGAAGGUUUUGGAUAGCCAUUUACCUGGUGAAAUAUAUGUCAGAGUAUGUGAAACAAGGAUGGAUCUGCUAAGGGCAAUCAUUGUUGGACCUCAAGGCACUCCUUAUCAUGAUGGUAUUUUUGUCUUUGAUGCCAUUUUCCCUCCCACAUACCCAGAUACCCCACCGAUGGUUCACUUUCAAACUGCUGGAUUGAGUAUGAAUCCUAACCUUUACGCCUGCGGUAAAGUCUGCCUCAGUCUUCUCAACACGUGGACUGGUGACAGUAGUGAGAACUGGCAGCCAAAUAAAUCAACCAUGCUGCAAGUAUUGGUCUCUAUACAGGGAUUAGUUUUGAAUGCAAACCCAUUCUUCAACGCAGUGGCGGAGCCAGACAUUUAGGGUUAAAGGGGCCGGUCCUUAACAAUUUUACAUUGCAGAGGGGUCGUGGCCCCCUCCAGCCCCUCCCUGUCUCCACCCCUGCUUCAACGAGCCUGGGUACGGAUUUACUACUUAUGUUGGUGACGUGGGGGAGAGGGAAUCCAAAGCUUACAAUGGACGUGUUUUCUUGAUGUCCUUGCAAAGAAUGAUAUGUGAAGUUAAACACCCGCCAACGCAUUUUGAAGAACUCAUAACAAUUCAUUUUAAGAUCCAUGCUCAUGAUAUCUUGUCAGCAUGUAAAGCCUAUAGUGAGGGAGUUCCGGUUGGUUCUUUUGUUAACGGGAGAAUUGUGGCCAAUAAUGUGCCAGAAAAUGGUGGCUCGUGUAACUUCAAGUCAGCUGUAACUAGAAUGACGAAUAUUCUUGUUUCUGUUUUUACAAGAUAUGGUGCCAAGGACUGUGAGCAGUUCGUACUUCCAGACUGAUUGAUGU